CUCACAUGAGAGAAGAUGAGGUGUGUGUCGAUAACUCCUUUGCUGUUCCUGGCUACAAUGCUGUUUGCUCAGGUUACCUGCCAAAUGCCUGGCCCUUCAACCUGCCUUUGUCUCAAGACGUCAGAAACCGUUCUCCGCAAGGAAAAUAUCAGAAGUUACAAGAUACAGAAAGCAGGUGUCUGCCAAAUUGAUGCCGUUCAAUUUAAAACAGUCAGAGGAUUGACUUUUUGCUCUGAUCCACGAAAGCUUUGGGUAAAAAGAGCCAUACAAUAUGUGGACAAGAAGAAGAAUGCAAAUAAAACGACAGCACGUCCCAAAAACUCUACAUCAACAUUUAAAACAACAACACAACUGAAUACAACAUCACACUGGAAUAGACAGGAUGAACUAGGAGCUUCGUCACCUAAAUUUAUUAACGAAGAUUUAAAACAGUCAAUGGAUUAACUUUUUGUGCCGAUCCACAAAAUCUUUGGGUGAAAAGAGCCAUGCAAUUUGUGGACGAGAAGAAGGCAGCAGCAACUGAAAUGACAGCACGUCCCAUAAACUCUGCAUCAACAUUUAAAACAGAAUCAACGCUAAUAACAACAUCACACUGGAAUAGACAGGAUGAAACAACUACUUUAACUGAGCUAGCUGAAUUUGCUUACAUGUGUCUGUAAUUUGUGCAAAUUUAUUUGCCCCUGGUUAGUUUGCAGUGUAUGGUAUAAUUCCCCAACUCCACAAUACUUUAAAGGUGGAGUCAGUAGAUUUUGAAAAACACUGUUUGGAAGUUAGUCAGCCCGACACCAAUAACAAACGUGUAACCAAUCAGCAUUAACCACUGCGCACUGACGACGCUUAGAGAAUGUGUUGUUUAGCGUCAUUGUUAGUGCACUCGCCUCACCUGCCAGCAGCGGACGGGCUGGGGUUCGAGACCGACUUGGAGCAGGGUGGUUAGGAUUGGAAUGUGAGUUUUGGAGGCGGAGCAAUGAAGAGAGGGGUGGGUUUGUUUGGGUUGAUUUCAAAUAUCAACAAUGUCCAACAGCAUUGUUAAAAAUCUACUUAUCCCACCUUUAAUUUUGUGUUUCACUAAUGCAUUUACUGGCAAUAACCUGAUGAAACAGAACAUAAAGUUUUUAAUCCUGAAAAACGUGAUGAAGAGCAUACCAUUAUCCCUUGUGUGUAAUUUUCCAAUAAUAAUGUUUAGGCAUUGCACAUGUGUACUGUAUGCACUGCACUGCACUUGUCCUCGUUGAAGCCCCCGUUCCCUUGCAUGAUGCACGAAACUCUCCACAACUUGGUUUGAGAGGAGGUGGAGUAGAUCACAGGAUGGGUUUUGUGAGGAAAAAGUGGAUGCAAAGAAUAAGUUGGUGGGCGAUGUGUUUUCCAUACAAAGUCAUGCUUAUUAGAGUACAGCAAGGUUUAAGUUUGAAAUAUGGUGAUGCAUUUUGUUAGCCAUGAAAUGCAAGAAUCAGCAGAGACAUCAGAGGGACCAUAGUGAGUGGGCCGCCAUUCUCAGCAUUUCUUUAAAGCAAAUAAGAGCAAGUCAAUGAGGUAAAUGUAAGCUAGGUCAGGUUUUUGUGGUCUGGGAUGAUGAUGGUUGUAUAUUAUAGUAUGCAACAAUACAAUGACAUUGUUCAGAUAGGCCAUAUCAGAAUGAUCCUUCUAAGUGGUGUUGCUAUUUAUUACAUAUUUUUGAAAAAGAUUUUUUUUUUUUUUUUUUUUUUUGAUAUUUUAAAGCAGGGUUUUCCAUGGGGUUCGUGAAGCCCUGGGUGUUCAUGAGGGAACUGCAGAUGGUUUGUGAAUUGAUUAAAGUAUAGUUAAUAAUUAAUAACAUUGUAAAAAUGUAAAUAAAAAUGCAAUAACAAUUGUAACCUUUUAAGAUACUCCACACAAAAAUGAGAACAAAGAGAUUGUUUUAGAAAAAUAAUUCCUCUCUGUGAGUCCAUAUUAUGCAAGUGCAGAGAACUGUUUUUAUAACAGUAAAAACUCUUUUCAUGUAAUCUUAAUGUUAUAGUCAAAUUUAUCAAAAUAUAGACCCCACUUUAAUGCUAUUGAAAUAGUAUAGACUUAUUGUAGAGUACUGAAUGAAAGAUUUUUCUGUUGCUACAUGAAAACGUUUGAAAUGUCUGUGUAUUUGAAAAAUAUUUCCUCUAAUCCACUUAAUCUGUGAUAAAGUAUGCAUGACAGGAAAGGGAAAGUGUCCAACUUCAUCUCACAUCAGUGCUGACGUGAGCCAUAUUGCACACUGUGAGUGUGAUACUGCUUUUUUACAAUAGUUCAAAAUCACGCUCCCAUCUCUGAUCAGGGCCCCUUGAAUUGUCCAGCCCUUCUCGCUAAAAAAACUACACAGUAUUUUUUUUUUUUUUUUUUUUUUUAGUAAGCUAAACUUAAUUUACUAUUUAUCCAAUUGAUUUGCCCAAUGAAUUUGAAUUGACAAAAUUAAAAUUAAAAGUUAUCUCAAUGUUUGGGAGUAUAAGUAAAACUCAUCCACCCAAAAAAGAUUUUUCCCCAGAUUUCUUAAAAGUGUAGGCCUACAUAUUGUUACACAACUACAGUAGUAUUUUGAAAAUGAUGUUUGUUUAUAUGUGUUUGGCUACAUUGCUAAUUGCUGCAAAAACAUGUUGUAAAAAGAAACCUUUAAUGCAAGGAGAGCCCAAACCCUAAUAUGCACCAGGAGCAUUUGCGAUAUUUUUCACCAAUAUGCUAUUAUUACAGUUUCAACUAAGAGUGCUCUUGUUUGAGCGUGCUUGGCACUCUCUAGCACUCCUGUAGAAUGCGGGACAAACUGCGUUGUGUACGGUUUUAAUAUACAGUGGUGGUCAGAAUUAUUGGCACCCUUGGUAAAUAUGAUCAAAGAUGACUAUAAAAAUAAACCUGCAUUGUUUAUCCUUUUGAUCUUUAAUUCAUAAAAUUAGCAAAAAUCUAACAUUUCAUUGACGGAAAAGAAUUGAAAGUGGGGGGAAAAUUCACAUUAUGAAAUAAAUGUUUUUCUCCAAAACACAUUGGCCACAAUUAUUGGCACCCCUAGAAUUUUUUAUGAGUAAAUUAUCUCUGAAGCAUAUUCCCAUUCAUAUUUACAUUUUUUUUUUUUUUUUUUUUUUUUAGCACACCAGGGUGAUCAUGAACAUGAAAUUGUCCAGCCAUGGCUUCCUGUUCCACCGGAGUAUCCACCUUUUUCCUCACUUCUCCGUGGGGGGCGCCAUAUCGGCGACUUACUUCCGGUAGGAUGCUCUGAACUUCCGUUUAGUAAUUGUCAUCAGCUAGACGACGUUCCUAGUGAUGGCGAAUAGUGGAGGUUCUGGGAGAAUUUGUGCUGUUAAAGGUUGUCACAACAGCUACAGAAAGCUCAAAAAACUUCUGGAAGAUGAGUGUUACGACCACAAGCCAACAACAAAAGCGGAAUGUAAAUGUCCAAAACCAUUUAAAUUGCACAAGAUGCCAACCAACGACGAGUGCAAAAGACAAUGGCUUGCUGCACUUAAUUUGAAAUUCCCGCCACGUAACAUCCAUGUAUGCUCAUUCCACUUUGUGGACAGACAACCAACAACGGAAAAUCCUUAUCCUGAACUUUGGCUUGGAUAUGAUCGUCCAUUAAGAAAGAAGAGAAGACGACGAACUUGUCCGGACCAAGGGGUUGGUGUUUGCCAAGAGCACAUUGAAAUGGAUGAAGGAAGGCCUGGAGAAGAGAGUCUUACAUCUCCCCCCAGUCCCAUGCAAUCAAAUGUUGAUGACCACAGCUGUACAUCUAAGAACUUUGCCUCUGUUAGAACACAAUGGGAAGACCACAUCUUUGAGGAGCAUUGUUAUACUAAAAAAGAACACCAUGUAACUUAUGUAAACCAGUCAACACAGUGUGAUACAUUCAAGCCUCCUACUCUGAGGAACGACUCUGACUCAAAUCUGUACACCGGGCUCCCACUCCACACAUUUCAUACCCUUGUAGCUGUUCUGCGUCCCCAUGCAAAUGUGUCAUACCAGAAUGAAGUUGAACAGCAAAUCUUGCUCACACUAAUGAAGCUGAAAUUAAACCUUUUGAUAGAAGACCUAGCCAUUCGAUUUUGUAUAUCAGUGAGUCAAGUGAGCAGGAUCAUUUCUUUUUGGAUUGACACCAUGGCUGUAGUCUUGAAGGAUCUGAUACCAUGGCUCCUCAAAGAAACAAUAAGGGCCACAACACCAGAGGCAUUUAAGCAGUAUUAUCCCAAUGUUACCUGUAUCUUAGACUGCACUGAAAGUGAAAUCCAAAAGCCAAGGAACCUGGACUCAAGGUCUGAAUCGUACAGCCACUACUAUGCUUGCAACACUAUCAAAUAUUUAGUGGCUAUUGCACCUUGUGGUCUAGUGAUGUUUAUAUCAGCAGCAUAUGGGGGCCGCUGUAGAGACAAAUUUAUCACGUGUGACUCUGGUAUUCUUGAAUACUUCAAACUGGGAGAUGAAGUGAUGGUGGAUAGGGGUUUUUUGAUUAGAGACUUGUUGUAUGAAAGACAAGUCAACUUGAUAAUUCCUCACUUUGCCAACAAAACACAGCUGACAGAAGAAAAAGUCACAUGCAGUCACAGGAUUGCAAAUGUAAGGAUACACGUUGAAGGUGCAAUUAGGAGACUGAAAGUGUACAAGGUGUUGUCUCAAACCUUGCCUAUCACUCUUAUGCCAAAGAUUGAUAAAAUUCUCCGUAUAUGUGCAGCUUUAGUAAAUUUGCAUGGUGAGCUGAUCCGUGAAGCAGAUAAUUAAUGCUCAGACUGUUGCAUGUGGUGAAAUUUGUACUUAUGUAUUUAAUCACAAUACUUGACAUUUUUAAUUCUAAAAAAAUAUCUCAGUUAUCUCGGUUUUGUGUCUGAAGAACUGACUCUCUCCCUGAAGUCAUGAUGUGUUUCAUAGCUUGGUGUAGAUGGUAACCUUUUUCCCUCCCUUGCAGAUGACACAGCAUAUACAUCUUCAGCUUUGUGAUGUUUAAAUGUUAUCUGACUGAUUCUUUUCUGUUCAAGAUUUCUUCUGGUCCCUGCAUUCCAUCUAUGCUGCUCAUCAGUGCAAGAAAGCCCUGUAAUACCACUGGCCACUGCAUUCUGCACCUUUCAAAAAUCAGAACAUAUUGUCUACUUUAUUUACUUUGUUACUUAUUGCACAGUACAUCACCAUUAGCACAUGAAACAUUUUUAUGUUUUUGGUUUAUUUAUUAUAAACCAAAAAAAAAAAAAUUAUUGGUUAAAAAUUGCUGUUAGAAAAUUAUCACGCAGCACAUACAGACUAUUUAAAUCUAUUUGCUAUACGUUUCGCCACACUAAGCAGUGUUGCUCUAUUUAUAAAUACCCACCUUCCACAACACAGCAGCAGCAUGGCUACAAGACCUACCGGGGCCAGCUACACAGGAGCAUCCAGCAGUUUCCACUACUCCGUUAUUUUGUAACAUAAAAAAAGGUGAAAAAGGUGAUAAACAUGAGGAAACACAAAGGCCAAAUUCCCUUAAUCAUUCAUCACAAUGAGUAAAACCAAAGAAUAUAGUUCUGAUGUGCAGCAAGAUUGUUGAGCUUCACAAAAUAGAAAGUGGCUGUAAGAAAAUAGCUAAAGCAUUGAAAAUCCCCCUUUCCACCAUCAGGGCAAUAAUUAAGAAGUUCCAAUCAACUAAAGAUGUUACAAAUCUGCCUGGAAGAGGACGUGUGUCUAAAUUGUCCUAAUGCACGGUGAUUAGGAAAGUUUGAGUGGACAAAGACUCUCCAAGGAUCACAGCUGGAGAAUUGCAGAGAUUAGUUGAGUCUUGAGUCUCAGAAUGCCUAAAAAAAAUUACCAAACCGCACCUACAUCCCCACAAGUUGUUCAGGAGGGUUUCAAGAUAAAUCCUCCUCGCUCAUCCAGAAACAAUCUCCAGCAUAUUCAGUUGUCAGACACGACUGGAACUUCAAACGGGACCGGCUUCUAUGGUCAGAUGAAACUAAAAAAAGAGAUUUUUGGCAGCAAACCCACCAGAUGGGUUUGGUGCACACAUGGAUAAAAAGUACCCAAUGCCCACGGUUAAAUAUACUUCUGGAUCUUUAAUGUUGUGGGCCUAUUUUUCUGCUGGAGAUCCUGGACAUCUUGUUCAGACACCUGGUAUCAUGGAUUCUAUCAAAUACCAACAGAUAAAAAAUCAAAACCUGACCGCUUCUGCUAGAAAUCCAAUAAUGGGCCAUGAUUGGAUCUUCCAUCAGGACAAUGAUCCAAAACAAACAUCAAAAUCAACACAAAAAUGUGUCACUGAGCACAAAAUGAAGCUUCUGCCAUGGCCGACUCAGUCCCCUGACCUGAACCCUAAGGAAAAUGAGUGGAGUGAGCUGAAGAGAAGAAGCACCAGCAUGAAGCUGGGAAUCUGAAGGAUCUGGAGAGAUUCUGUAUGAAGGAAUGGUCUCUGAUCUCUUGUCAGGUGUUCUCCAAACUCAUCAGGCAUUAUAGGUGAAGACUUAGAGCUGUUAUCUUGGCAAAAGGAGGUUGCAAAAAGUUUGAAUAAAAGGGUGCCAAUAAUUGUGGCCAACGUGUUUUGGAGAAAAACAUUUAUUUCAU